AGAGUUCAAAGUUGACAAGCAUACGGAACAUCAACAAAGCAACUAGAAAAUAGACACGUAACAGCGAGUUAGACUAAUUUUUCAUUUAAGCAGGUAGACAGUAAAUCAAAUCUUACAUAUAAUAAUAAUCGUGCAUUUCAAUCGAAAAAUGACAAGCAUAAUAUCAAAACAAAGUUUAAUUUUGACCACUUUCAGUCUUGCCUUGACUCGACUUUCUUACUGCUCUGUCACAUACUCGAAUAUACCAUCGAUAGCCAACUAUUUUGGAACGAAAGGGCGGUAUGAAGAGGUAAACCCUUAUUUGUUAAACAACAUUACAUUGGUCAAUAAAUCGCUUUUAAUACCGACUUCAUCUGAAGGGUGUAAGCCCGUUCAUGUAACUGCAAUCAUACGACAUGGGACCAGAUAUCCCACCGUUAAAAACAUAAAGCGAAUGCAACGCCUGUAUGAUUUGGUGAUAAACGAAGCCUCCAACGAUGAAACAUGGUUGGAGGAGAUCAAAAGCUCCUGGAAGAUGUGGUAUACUGAUGACAUGGAUGGCAAACUUGUAGAGAAAGGCAGAGACGACCAUAGAUAUUUGGCAGUGCGAUUGUCCAAGCUGUUUCCGUCUUUACUCAGCGAAGCAAAUCUGAGAAAUCACCGUAUCAGGUUUCAGACCAGCUCCAAGCACCGCUGUGUUGACAGCAUCGAGGCCUUUCAACAAGGCCUUCACAAACACUGGGGGCUGGAAGAGGUAUGGUAUCGACAUGAGGUGAACGACGAACUCAUGCGUUUCUUUGAGCACUGCCGCGGCUUUGUGGAGGCUGUGGAAAACAACAAGACUGCCCUGGCGGAGGUGAAGAAGUUCAAAGAGGGGCCGGAGAUGGGAGACGUUCGGAGGAAGAUGGCCCAACAACUCAACGUGCCAUAUGAACGCGUCACGCCAGACAUGGUGGAGGCAGCGUUUUUCCUGUGUGCCUACGAGUUUGCCAUCAAGUCCCUGCACACCCCAUGGUGCCACCUCUUCGAUCUGAAUGACGCUAAGGUGUUGGAGUAUAAGAAUGACCUGAAGCAGUUCUGGAAGAGGGGUCAUGGCCACAGCAUCAACAGCAGGUCCAGCUGUGUGUUGUUCCAUGACCUGUUCAACCGGCUGGAGCUGGCCGUCCAGCACCUCAGGCUAGGCCAGGAGCUGCCCGAGGCCGUCACCGUCCAGGUGGGGCACGGCGAGACGCUGCUGCCCCUUCUGUCCCUGCUGGGCCUCUACAAGGACCCAGCCCCGCCCACCGCAGACAACUACUCCCAACAGCACGGACGAAGUUUCCGUACCAGUGAGAUCGUCCCCUACGCCGCCAACAUGCUCUUCAUCCUGUACGACUGUCGCGACGGACCCAGAGUCCAGUUCCUCCUGAACGAGACGCCGGUUCGAUUCCCGGGGCUGACGUCGGAGACAGAAGUGCCCCUGUACAGUGAAGUUCGCCAGAAAUACCGGGAGCUGUUGGAGGGAUGCGACGCACAGAAGGAGUGUGAGUUCGGAAUCCGGCCACAGCAUCGUGGUCACCAUGGAAACACCGAACUAUAGAAAGCUCACAGCUCACCAAUAGAGGAGCUCCUGUUCAACCCCAUUCUGACUGAACUACAAAGAGGCAUUAUAUGGCAGAAGGUUCUACAAACAGAGAAGACACUUUUCUGGAGUAAGACUCUCACGAUACAGAAUUGAUUACCUUUUUGGUGAACCGUAAUAGGGUAUUUUCAGCUAGGUAUAAUAUUUUACUGGUCUUUUCAGGCUGAUUUUGAUCAUGAAAAGCUUUAUAUGUUUAUGAUUAUGGGUAUUUAAUCUUGGAUUUUGUAUUGAAACAUUGUGGGAUUUGAGAUUAGUUUUGACUGAUUUAGGGAUAUUUUAAGUUAAUAUAUUUUAAGUUUACACAUGGCUUUGGUUGGAAAAUAGGAUUUUGUCAUAAGGCAAUUGUAAUGAGGUGAUGAACUGUAUUGUUAUUCAAUACUGUUACAUCAUUUUAAUUAUUUUUCUACUGUUUGAUUUGAGUGUUGGGGCGUUUUUUUUUUUACAAAGUUAAAACACUGGGAUUUAUUAUUGUCCUGAAAUCAUUACCAAAGUAGUCAGUUUAGUUUUAUCUUGAAAUACCAGUUUACAUUAGUUUUUUAAGCAAUUCCGUUUUUGGUGAUGGGAUCAUUUCUAUGGAAAUUUGAGCUCUGAGAUGGAUGCCAAAAUGUGCCUUUUUUCAUUACAAGCUUUAAUAAAUAUUCUUAUUGAUAGGUAAACUUGAUCUUUAAUUAAGUUUCUGAGCUGCAAUUCAAACAAAGUAGAGGCAGCAUAACAAUUACACAGCUAGUCAAACCAAAUGUUGGGGUACUUGCCUUGUAAAAUAGUUCAAUUUAAAGUCUAAAUGUAUAAGACUGAGCCCCUCCCAGUUAGUAGGCGGGAGACUUCGUAUUCAAUAAACUCAGUAAGUGUUCUGUC